AUGCCAACAAAGCUGACGAUGCCAAUGGCGUACCCAGCGCCUCGGGUGUCGCAAUUGGAUGGGCAUAUUCUUGAUACUGAACUCAAUGAUCUUUUGAUCGAUCAGCUUAAGGAUUGUCUCAAGCUAUUACCUCAGUGGCGGUUUCUGUUUUCCCAACACCUGGAUUUAUACACGUUAUUGGUGAAACUCGUGGUGUUCAGACUCACAGUGGGGCGUAAAGCUCUGUCUUACGGUCUACAGCUUCAGAACUUGAAGCUUUCUGACGGUAACACCACCCGUCCAAUUGGGUUUAACAAGAAGUUUGGCCUUUUCCUUCUUAUCAUUGCCGAAUACCUAUACAAAAAAGUGGCGGCGUACUUGUAUCGGUUUGACAAUGAAGGCGAAGUUGAAGGUGUGGGAGCCUGGGCCGAUUUUAAAAGAUUUUUGGUGCGUCACAACAAGGUGCUUCUCAAGUACAGUGAGAACCUUCUUAAGGUGCUCAACUUGGUGAAUUUCAUCCUUUUCUUGACUGACGGUAAGCAUAUCAACUUAGUGUAUCGCGUCAUGGGAAUCACCCUCACCCCCAUCAUUUCUGACUUGCUCAAGUUUAACGGGAACAACGUGAAUUUUGAAUUCCAGAACCGUCAAUUGGCAUGGAACGUCAUGACGGAGUUCUUGGUGUUUUUGAUGCCUCUUUUGCAGCUCAACAAGCUCAGAAACAUGGUGAGACGCCUUUUACGGCCCCGUGGUCGCAAGGGGAAGCAGCAAGGCACCAAGGUGACUCCCUUCACCAAUUUGCCGAUCAACCAGUGUGCCAUCUGCCAUCAGAAUAACAUGAUGGCUCAGCAGUCCGGGCAGUCACGGUUGGAGUCGAUUGGAGAAAUCACCAAUGCAUACGAAACCAAUUGUGGCCAUAUAUAUUGUUACAUUUGUCUUGCUGCCAAAUUUAACUCAAUGGAAAUUCGGGGAUCGGCGGAAAGAUGUUUACGUUGUGGUGAGGAGCUCAAAUGGUUUAAAGAGUACGGGGUGGAUGAGCCCGCCGGUGAUGACGCUGUCGACCCUGACGCGAUUCUCUAUGGGGAGCAAGUGGAGGACUUGGACGAUGAGGUGGACUGGAAGGACGAAAACCAUAACCCUGACUACAUGCCGCGGGUAGUGGAAAGCUACACGGCGCUGGCAAGCAGUGAAGACAGCGAGUACGACUCGCAGGCGGACGAGAUUGGCAUAUCGGAGGAUUUUGAAGUGGAUGAGGAAAUGGAGGAUGAGGACAUGGAUGACGAGUAUUUUGAAGAAUUUUGA